ACAGAUGGGCUCUCCAUUCCGAGAUUUCUUCCAUGAACAGCCUCCUCCUCCUAGCUGUGGCUACUUCUCUCUUAUUUUAAAUCUUCUCCGUCCUUGUCCUUCUGCUUCUUCAAUCACUAUCGAAUUCAUUUAGUUCAUUGUCUUCCUAUAACUUGCAGUUCCAACCGAGCCAUUUCUUGUGCGGCAGCGUAUUCCGGUGAAAUCAACUGCGGUUUGAGGACAGAUCUCAUUGGCUUUCGCCGGCGGAUUUUCAAAGGGGGUUGAUUAGGGGUUUUUUUUCUGCGUUUUAUUUGCUGAUUUGAUUUGCCGAUUUGGAAAUUAGGGUUUUUAAGUAUUAUCAAUAUGCCGAGGAGUUCUCAUCACAAGUCGCACCGUUCUCAUAAGCAUAGUUCAAGAGAUGCGAGAGAGCGGUCUGACUCUGAGGAUGAUGGAAACUCGAGAGAUCGUAGGCAGAGACUAGAGGAGGCAAGCUCUGGUUCAGGGGCUAGGGUUCCGAGGGAUUUGGAGGCGGAUAAGAGAAAGCCCUCGCUGCUCUCUUCACAGGAGAAGAAUAAGGGCAUCGCUGAAAAUGGAGAAUGUUCAGCGGAACAUGGCAGGAAGCGGAAAGAUAGAGGAGAUGGCUGUGCUACACCUGAUAGAUGGAAUGGUAGCGGAAAGGAUGAUGGUUUAGCGGAGAAGCGUCGCAAAGAAGAAAGCUUUGGAUCUUUGGAUAUGGAGAAAGGGGAGAGGUCAAGGGUUUUGAUUGUUGAAUCGAAGAGCAGGUCAAGUAGAAGGCGUGAGGGUUCUGCAGAGAGGUACGGGAUGAGCAGCAGUAGGACUGAAUCUUUGAAGAGGAGGUCUGAGAAAGAAUAUAGCAGACGGGAGAUAAGGGAGGAUAAAGAGAGGGACAUAGAUCGUGUUUCAGAGAGUGAAAAGGAGCGAGAACGCGCGUCAGAGAGGGACAAGAGAGUUCAGGAUUCCAGGCAUGGGAAGUCUGCCGAUGUAGAGAUGAGGAGCCAUGAUUCCAGGAGAGGAGGUGCUGAGGAGGAGUGGUUGACAAAAAAGGAUAGUACUGAAUUUCAAGCUCGAGAGGAUAUGCACGGUGCUGAGUUAGACAAAGAUUCUGAGAAAUUCAUUACAAAGAGAAGAAGGAGCUCAAGUGGCUUUGAUAAAUGGCAGGAUGAUGGUAAAAGCAUUGAUGACAAGCGGUUAUCUUCCAGGGAUGAUCGCAUCAAGAAUGGAGGCCAUAAGGUAGAGGGGCACAAAGAUGAAAGGUAUAGAGAUGAAAGGUAUAAAGAUGAUAGGUAUCGGGACAAACAUUACAAGGAUAUUGAGAGGGAUCAUAGACAUCGAGAUAUCAGGUACAAGGAAGAACGUUCUUCAAGAGAUUAUACCAGUGACAGGCUUGAGGGUAAAUAUGCUAGGGAUAGAGACAAGCCUAUUGAGAGUUACUCCAAGAAAAGUAAGCUUCAUGGAAGUGACCGUGAAAUUAGCCCACGUGCUGAGGAUCAUGGAAUGAAGUCAAAAGAUACCAGGGCUCGCAAAAGUUCUUAUGAUGAAAAUGAUGAUCAUUAUGGUUUGAAACAUAGAAAUGCCAAGGAACAACGCUUGGAUACAGAGAAGGAUGCUUCCAAUUUGAGUAAGAUAGAAUAUAAACAUCAAGGCAAGAUUGUUACUUCCCUCUCAAAUAAUCUUUCAAAGAGGUCUCCGAGCCCAAAGACUCAUAGUUCCAAUGAUCACAACAGGCGUGGCUUAAAACCGGAGCAAAAUAGAGACCCGGUUUCUGAUGAUAGGGCUCGCCGUACUGAAGACCAUAAUAGAAUUUCAGUAGUUCAUGAGAGAGUUUCUGAGUCUUUUUCAUCAGAAAAGAUUAAGCAUAGAGAUCGAACAAAAUCAGAUGACAGGGAACGGCGAUUAUCAAUGGAGAAUCCAAGUAUGGACAGCCAUUUUAAAGCUGAGUUUCACAAUGGUGAACGUUUCUCUGUUCCCCCAUCACCCUUCAAGCGUACUGUUAAUUUCCCUGGGAGUUCUCCUGGUCAUCUUCUAUCUCAGCCACCUAUGAGACAUGGAAGGGAGAGCCCUUCCAUUUUUGAGGAUGAUAAUAGAAUUAAAUCAGGGGACCGCAGACCCACCGGCCGUUACAAAAGAAAUAAUGAUCCAAAUAUUGAAAGGGGGCCGGGAUUGACUUGGAAAAACAAUCCAACUUGGCCUGCUCCAGUUCCAAAUGGUUUUAUGCCGUUCCAGCAUGGGCCACCAGCUCCUGGGUUUCAUUCAGGUAUGCAGCAUUUUCCUCCUCCAUCCUUGUUUGGUGCAAGGCCAUAUAUGGAGUUAAAUCAAUCUGGUAUUCCCUAUCAAAUGCAUGAGGUAGCAGACCGGUUUACCAGUCAUGGCCAUCCGUUUGGAUGGCAUCAUCCAGUAGAUGAUUCCUGUCCACCCCAAAUGCAAGGGUGGGAUGGUAGUAAUGCCCUUUAUGGUGACAAAUCACAAGUUUAUAUGAGACCUGAUUGGGAUCAGAAUAGAAAUCUAGUGGGCGGACGUGGUUGGGCGUCGAAUGCUGAAAUGUGGAAGGGACAGUCUGCAAGCAUGAAUGUUGAGUUUUCUGUUAAUCAGGAAGUAGCUGAUGAAUCAAGAGGUGCCUAUUCUAGCCUACAACCUAAGAAUGAAGCGGACCAUCUGCAACAUGUAUCAGAUGAUGUCACUCAUUUAAAGCAAUACAAUGAUCCUCCAGAUGGUAAAUCUAUAGAGGCCUCUGUUGAUACUAAACUUGGAAGGAGUUCGAUUCCUUCUAAAAGUCUUAAGAAUAAUAGCGAGUUCUUAAGCGCUUAUUUAUCUAGAGAUGAAAUUUCAGCCGAACUUACGCACCCGGAACUUUAUAAAGAGAUUGAGAAUAUAUUGACAGCUCGUAAAUCAACUGGUAUUUACGCCACUUCCAUGGUUGAAAAUGCUAAGAACCAUAAAGUGCAUAUUUUAUCUAAGGUUUCAAAGCCAAGUUCUAUGCUUCCAACGGCUGCGGAUGCUGCUUUCAAGAGAGCCAUGUCAGUUUAUGAGAAGCAGAAUAAUGGAAGGAGAGCAAAGCCUCCAGUUUUAGCUUCUUGUUCAAAAGACGUGAAUAAUUCUCCUGAAGCCACUAAUGUGGACGAAAUGAAUGCAGUCGGUACUUCUGUUUCCAAAGAACCUUUACCUGCCAAUACUAUUUCCAUCAAUGUCAUGGAAAAUCCAGGCUCAGAUGAAAAUACUGUGAGGCCCAUGGAAGAAGAAAUUGACAAAAGCAGCAGUCCUGGCACCAAAAGUUCACCUGUUGACAUGGAAGUUGAACAUGUCAAAAACACUUCUAAAGUUUACAAUAAACAGCUAUCAGAUCUUAUAUCUGAUGUUAUGGACAGUCAUCAGGAAUGUGAGGAUGUAAUGCCAGAUUGUAAGGUAAAUUUAAGUCGGAUACAUGACACUGCUGAAAGUACACAUUAAAACUAAUAUUUUCCCUUCUUUUCUUUUUCAAUUGCCAUUUGAGUUGAGGGUUAUUGGUCAUAGUGCUGGUUGCUCAUGUUUCUGCCUGAAUAAAACUUUUUUUUUUAAUCUC